GAGCGACGACUCGUCGCCCCGCAUGCCGGGAUCCCUGCACGACGGACGUUCCUUCCUCGGCCACAUCCUCCACGCGUGGACGACGAAGCUUCCCGUUACCGUGGCGACGAACGGAGCCGCGCGUCUGUACGCGACGCUGCGCGCACAGCAGCAGCCAAUCCAUGGCCAGCCGAGCGACGGAGCGAUUGCCGUCUAUUUGUCGAACGAGAUCACGCUGUCGGCCCUCAGUCUGCUGGACACGAAACCCGCUACCGCCGCGCUGCACAUACUCAACUGUCUGUCAAGGCUGAGCGAUCUCAAGCGACCGGAUCUAGUGGAAGCUGCAUGCAAAGUGCUGCUACCGUUCGGUUGCGACGACGUCGAAACCUUCCUGACGGGGCUCCCGGCAGAGGGCGCCACCGCAGAGCACGCCGCGACAGACGCGCCUGCGAGUGGCGCCAUCUAUCGCGGCCUGCGAGCGUUCUACUACCUCGCCGUACUGAGGCACCUCAACGCCCGCGGCAACAACCGCGACACGAAGGAAGCAUUUGGAGAGGAAGCUGCAUCGGGGGAAGCUCUGGACGGGGAAGGUCCGGGAAAGGAAGCUCACGCGGUAGACGGAGGGACGAAGGAAGCCUGCCAGAGUGGAGGAGGAGAGGAGGCGGUGUCGGGGAGAGAGAGCGGGAGCGCAUCAGGAGAAGUCGGAUCCCAGCGAGCAGACGUGGAGGAGGAGGAGGAAGAGUCAAACAUCGGUUGAAGUUAACGUUAGAGCGACGACGGGGCUGAAGAG